AUGAAUAAGGAUGCGUUGCACGAUGAAGCUUUGCUCAAAAUUCUGAAGGAUAAAGCGAGCAGCACAAUCGCAGUUUUCGGCCGCGGUGAAUAUUUCAAUGUUUAUGGAGAUGAUGAAAGAUUCGUCGCCACAAACAUCUUCAAAAGUGAUGUUUGUCUCAAAAAUGUCACAUUGCAAAGUGAGUUUUCCCCGAGCUUCACACUUCAGCUUUCAAGUAAAAAUUUCAGCCGGUGAAACAAUGAAAUAUGUUGCCGUAAACCGCGGUCAAUACGAAAAAGUGGUUCGCGAGACAAUUGUUCUUCUUCGUUGUUCAGUGGAAUUAUAUCAAUCACAGGGUGGAGUUUGGACAAUGACGAAACGCGGAUCGCCCGGAAACACCGUGGAUUUUGAGCAAGAAGUUGGAGUGGCUGAUCAGGCUCCGAUUUUUGCAGUUUAUCUUCAUCCAUCUGAUACAGAUGUGAGUGUCAAUAGUUAAGUAUGACGUGGCAAAUUAUUCAUUAAAAAUGAAAUUUGCCACGUCAUAACAUUUCUUUGGAUGUUGUUCAAACUAAAAAUUUUUAUUUUCUUCAGAAUCGUGUUACAUUGUGCGCAUGGGAUGCUGCAAAUGUUCGAAUAAUUGUCAGCGAAUUCAACGACACUCCAGCAUUUUCACAAGUCGAGCAAUGUAUCUUUGGACUUUGCCCAACUGAAUACAUCCUAAUGAAUACCGAUUCCACUUCUGCUGCAGCCAAAAAACUGUCAAAUAUGUUUGUCAAAAUGGAUGUUUACCAAAAACCAAGAAAUUUGGGCGAAUCUUUGAAACCAAAAUCAGAUUGGGAAGAAGUUAUGAAAUGUGUUGUUGAGAAUUCCAAGAAAGAAUUUGAAGCGACAAGUGUUAGUGUGAAAGAGUGCAUUCAAAUGUUGCAUGCGAAUUAUUCGAAUGAAUAUGGAGAAAUGGAAAAAUAUAGUAUUCAUAAUUAUGGAUCUCAUGGAAUUAUGCAUUUGGAUUCAGGAGCUGUUGAAGCUCUAGAACUUUUUCAACUCAAUUACAAUUAUUUGGAGAAAAAUACCAAUUUAACUCUUUUCAAUGUGAUUAACAAAUGUAAAACUUUGCCUGGCGAAAAGAUGUUGAGAGAUUGGAUAUCUCACCCACUUUGUGAAAUUGAUACAAUUAAUUCGAGAUUGGAUAUUGUUGAGGGACUUAUGGAAAAUCCUUCGAUUCGGUUGAAAUUGAGAGAUUCGUUAUUGGCUAGAAUGCCAGAUUGUUCGCAAUUGGCAAGGAAAUUGAUGAGAAAAACAAUGUUGAAUGAUUUGAACAGGUUUUAUCAAGCGACAAUGAUUUUGGAUAACAUUGAUCAUAAAUUGGAUGAAUUGGCGAAAUCAAUGGAUGGAAAAGCUGAAAAUGCUGUGAAUAAUUUGCUGAAAAAAGAUAUGGAAACAAUUCUUGAGAAAGUUGUGAGAUUUCAAGGACUUUGUGAAGAAUUUUUCGAUUUUGAAUAUGAAAAAGAGAAUAAGGAGAUUCGUGUUCGUGUUGAUUUGGUUCCUGAAAUCCAGAAUGUUAAGGAUAAAUUGGAGCAUGUGGAGGAAUUGGCGCAAAAAUUGCGGAAGAAAUAUUCGGCGAGACUUGGGCUUGAUAAUAUGAAAUUGGAUAAAAAUGCGCAAUAUGGGUAUUAUUUUAGAUGCACGUUGAAGGUAAGUUUUGGGUUAUGAUGUGGGAAAAAAUAGUUUUAAAAAAUUUUAUUUUGAAAAAAUUCGCUGUUUCAAAAUUUUCAUAAAUUAUUUUGAUCAUUUCAGAUUUCAUUAUGAAGAUUAUUUUGUCAAUUGGCAAAAUUUCGGAAAAAUUUACUUUUUCGUAGGAUUUUUCCAGAUCCAGCAGAAAUUGAAAGAAAAAAUCCUCAAAAAAAAUGUUUUUGAAAAAAUUCACUGUUUCAAAUUUUUCGUAAAUUAAUUUUUUCGUUUCGAAUUUUAUUGGGUUUUUGAUUCAAUAUAUCAAUUUUAUCUUGCCAUGUGGAAAAAAUUUUGUUUUUCAAAGGACUGUGAGAUGUUUUCAGAACCUCCAGAAAUUGAAAAAAAGCUUAAUUUUUUUGAAAAAAUUGACUGUUUCGAAAUUUUCGUAAAUUUGUUUGCUAGCUUCAAAUUUCAUUGAAGAGGACACCUUUUUACCAAUAUAUAAAAUCGAUUAAUUUUAAUUUGCCACGUGGAGAAAUUUUAAAAAUCUUGAUAAAUUUUGGUUUUUCGAAGGAUUGUGAACAUUUUUCAAAUCCAAAAAAAUUGAAAAAAUUCACUGUUUCAAAAUUUUCAUAGAUUAAUUUGAUCGUGUCAAAUUUCAAUGGGUAUAUUCAUAUUUUUCGUUAAAUAUAUCAAUUACGUUUUGCCACGUGGAAAAAAAGUUUAAAAAAUCGGGUUUUCAUUGAUUGUGAGCCUUUUUCCCAAGGCUUAAAAGUUUUAUUAAAAAAUGAAAACAAAAUUUUUGGAAAAGUUCACUGUUUCAAAAUUUUCAUAAAUUGUUUUGACCGUUUUAAAUUUUAUUGCGCUUCAUUUCUUCUAUAAAAUUGUUGCUUUUUCAAUGGGCCUCUGAUUUCAAGGAAAACCCUUUCUUAAAACCAACAGAAAUUUUUUUUUUAAAGGAACACCAAAAGCUAAUAGUCACUCUAGCGUAUCCGAACAAACACUUCAGAACUCGAAAUAAUCAAUGUCAAUUUACAAAUGUUCGCAACAAGUAAAAAAAAAUUUGAAAAAAUGGUGAAGUUUGCUCCAAAAUAAAAAAAUGGGAAAAAAACCGUUUGAAUUCCCUCCUCAGAGGACUCAGAGCGAAAUGUGCAAACACCGUCACGACAGAAUGCACACAAAAAAAUUAUUUUUUUUAUUUUUCUGUUUUUUCGGGAGUUUUCGCUUGUUUUUCACUUUUCAACAAUGAAUUCAUAUAUUUUUCAGUAAAUUGAUGUUGGCAAUUCUUCUCCCAACUGUCUCGAUCAUGUUUUUGACGGAGGAAUGCGGAAUUUCGUCGAUUUUCAGCCAAAACGUGAGUAUUUUGAGAAAUUACAGAUUAUUCUCAUAAAUCACUGUUUUCCAGGCUCAACAAUGUGAAACAUGAAUGAAAACGGCUGAAAAAUCGAAGAAAACCGUAGAAGUAGAAGAAAGAAUCUGUGAAUAGUCAUGAAUCAAGGCGAAUUGGAGAGAUUUGAUGGAUUUUCAUGAUUUCAAGCCGGUUUCGAUCAAAAGUCGUCCUUUUUGCAAACCAAACUCACCAAAAACACUUCUUCCUCGACGAUUCUGCUCAUCAAUGUUCUGAUCGCGAUUACUCUAUACAUUUACUCUUUUAAAAGCUGUUUUUUUGUCAUUUUGCAAUAAAAUUUGAUGAAAACCGGUUUAUUUGUUUAAAAAAAACGAAUUUAUCAGAACUCCGACCAUUCAAAAACAACUGUAGGCGCUCGAAGUUGGUGGAUGUCAUAUUUAUUUUGAAUAUCAUCAGGUUGUGUUGGAGAAACGAUCAAAAUCCGCGAUUCCAGGUUGAAAACGCAGAUUCCUACCAAAUUUACUUAUUUCGCCACGAAUGUUCUUCCAAUCUGCAAUCAAUACGUUUUGUUGAUAACUAGAAUGUCGAAUUAACUACUUAAAAUCGUCGUUUACUAUGAGAAACAAAGAAAAAACGGAAAAACGCGAAAAAUAUUUUUCGAAAAAAAAAAAGAAAAAGAAAACAACGACAUUCCGCUCGCCUGGUGUUUAGCGUAAAAGGCGUGGCAAUUUGAUUUCGAGUUUUUUUCAUUUUUCCACAGAAAAAUAUUUUUUCCUCUAAAAGUUCAGAAGAAUUUUUUCAUCGAAAAGUGAGUAUAGGGAAUGAAAGUAGGAGUAUUAAAGUGUCUGUUUUGGUAUGCGCGGCUUCACCUAGCGAUGUUGACCUUUUAGUUUUUGGUGUUCCUUUAAAUAAGAAAAAUUCACUGUUUCAGAAUUUACUUAAAUUAAUUCGAGAGUAAAAAAUAUUGAAAACAAAAUUUUUGAAAAAAUUCACUGUUUCAAAAUUUUCAUAAAUUGUUUUGACCGCUUCAAAUUUCAUUAAGAGGUUCUGGUUUAGUUGAAAAUCAGCAGAAUUUGAAAAAAUCACUGUUUCAAACUCUUCCCAUUUUUCCAGGACGAAAAAAUUCUGCGCAAAUCGACAGUCAACAUUUUGGAGACCACAAAAGGCAGCGGCAUCAAAUUCAAUCUUCCCGAAUUGGCUGAUAUUAAUGAGGAAUUUAUGGAUUUACAUUUGAAAUAUAUCAAAGCUGAAGAACAAGUUGUUGCAAUGUUGUGCGAGAAAUCGAAAGAAUUCAUUCCACUGAUUCCGGCGAUUUCGAAUAUUUGCGCAACUUUGGAUGUUUUGGUUUCGAUGGCCACAUUUUCCGAGAUGUCGAGCAAAUUGUAUACAAGACCCAAAUUGUUGCCAAUGGGUGAGCCGAUUUUGAAAAAAAUCAUGAAAUUUAUAUUUUUUUUCGGGAAGCUUACAGUACCUAUCUAUUCACACUAGCUACAGUACCCUCUUGAUCUACAGUAACCCAAUCACGUUUGAUUUCAAAAUGCCCCAAAUUUCGAGCUACAUUAUAUUUCCCAACUACAGUAUCCCCCAGAGCUCAAUUUGAGAGCCUCCAAAUUUUGAUCUACUGAUUUUCUGAGCUACAGUAACCCAAUCAUGUUUGGUCUCAAAAUGUUUCAUAUAGUACCCCCAAAUCUACAGUAACCCAAAAAAGAGUAGAUUUUUCGCAGCACAAUUUGAUAGAUGUUGAUCUACUGAAUUUACAGUACCCCCCUCUGAUCUACAGUAAUCCAAAUAUGUUUGGUUUCAAAAUGUUCCAAAUUUCGGCACAGAUUCAAACAUCUAAAAUUUGCCACGUCAUAACUCAAAUAUGUUUUCCAGGAUCCAAAAAACUGAAAUUGAUUCAAUGUCGUCAUCCAGUCAUCGAAUCAACCAGCACAAAACCAUACAUUCCAAAUGAUGUUAUUCUCGGUGAGCACUGAAAUUUUAGCACAUUCUGAAUUUCUGAAAUUAAAGCCUGAAACUGAAAUAGACUUCAUAUAUCAAUUUUCUGAAAAUAGGUCUGAAAAUUUCCGGAAUUACCAGCUGCUAGCCUGAUUUAUGUCAUUUUAGAAUUCUAACUUCUUAAUCUUCCAGAUAAUGAUCGAUUAAUUGUUCUAACCGGUGCAAACAUGGGUGGAAAAAGCACAUAUUUGAGAUCGGCCGCCUUGUCCAUUUUAUUAGCUCAAAUCGGAUGUUUUGUCCCAUGCGAUUCUGCUGAGAUCAGUGUAAUUGAUGGAAUUUACACAAGAGUUGGAGCAUCGGAUAAACAAUCGAAAGGAAUAUCGACAUUUAUGGCUGAAAUGUUGGAUUGUGCGGCGAUUUUGCAACGAGCUGGCGAGAAUUCGUUUGUUGUUAUUGAUGAAUUGGGAAGAGGAACGUCGACUUUUGAUGGUUAUGGAAUUGCGUCAGCUAUUGCACAGUAGGUUUUUGAAAAACAAAUUUCGUCAAAAACUAUUCCAAAAAUGAUAUAUCAAAUUUUUGGCAGAUUUUGCUCAUGAAAAAUUGACCAGAAAAGUCUCAAUUGUGGAAAUAAGUCAGAGUUUUCAGAAAAAUUCUGAAUUUCAGCACAAAAAGGGAAGGUUGCUAUAGCUUUUCCGAUUUUUGUUUAAAAUUAGAUUUCUCCAUUAAAAAAUUUAGAACUUUUUGAAUUUUUAGGCGAAGGACCUUUUCAGCACAAAAAAUGAAGACUUCGGGUUUUUACAGCUCUUCCUGUUUUUUUUGUUUAAAAAAACCAGGUUUUUGUGUAAAAAAUUGUGCAUUUUUUUAAUUUUCGUGGAAACUGUGAAGUUUUCUAGGAAUUUUGUUUGAAAAUGCUAUUUUUUCUGAUCAAAUUAUGACCAUUGAAAACCCUGUGCUCUUUUUUUUUUAAUUAAUUAGCUCCCAAAAUCCCCCGAUUAAUUAUCUCAAAAUUCCAGAGAUAUUCUAAAUCGCAUCAAAUGUCUCUGCAUUUUCGCCACACAUUUCCACGAAAUGGGCGAAUUGGCUCAACAAGACGGCGCUGUUGCUCUUCAAAUGGGAGUUCAAAUCGAAAAUAAUGAGAUUCAUAUGUUAUACAAAGUUUUGGACGGUGUUGCUCAAUGCUCUUUCGGUUUACAAGUCGCUAAAAUGGUUGGACUCAAUGAAAAAGUUGUGGAAAAAGCGGCGAAUUUGCUGGAUGUUUUGGAGAGAAAAACAGCAGUUGAUAAGGAGAAAUUGUUGAAUUCUGGAGAUUUGAGAGCAGCGAUUCUUGAAUUGGAAGCUAAUUAA